CACUUGGCUGCGUGCAAGGUUGCGUGUUGAUGGUGUUGAUACACUGUGUUGUUUGUUGGUCGUCUAGUAUCAGGUGUAGACAAAGAACGUAAUUCUCUUUAAAUAAUUCCACUACCGUUAGUAACAUUUCAUUCCUCACAGAAGAAAUAAUGUGAACAGUAAUCGCGAUAGACCCAAAUGUCAAUUUAGUGAUACCUUUGUUAUACCUACGUUUUGGCUAAUCAUGGAGGAGUCACAUGGAAAUUCGACACGAUCAGACGCUGAAGAUGACGAGCUGUGUGCGAUUACACACCAACGCAAUUGCAAGCAUCAGGCUGCCUUUUUAAGCGAAGAACGCAUGAGACGAAAACUACAAUUCUUUUUUAUGAAUCCGAUCGAAAAAUGGCAAGCCAAGCGUCGUUUUCCAUACAAAUUUGUUGUUCAGGUGAUAAAAAUAAUUUUGGUGACAAUGCAACUCUGCUUAUUUGCAUAUAGUCGCUACAAUCAUGUGAACUAUACAUGGGACAACCGAAUAACAUUCUCACAUCUAUUCCUCAAUGGUUGGGAUGCAACCAUGGAGAUCAACAGUUAUCCUCCUCCAGCUGGACCCUUGGCUAUUUAUAAACAAAAAGAAUUUUAUGAAACAAUUGACUAUGCUUACAAUGGAUAUGCAAGCAUUGGAAGUGCAAUUGGACCUUACUCUUAUGCCAAUGAAGACAAUUCAAUGGGUCCAAUGAAAUUAUGUCUGUACCAGUACAAGAAAGCAAUAAUCUAUGGCUUCAAUGAAUCUUAUGUCUUCAAUCCAGAGGUUAUUAAAAGCUGCUAUGAUAUUUUAUUUAAUGAAACUUCAGAAGUAUCAACUGAAGAAUAUCUACAGAAUGAAGAUAUUAAUUUUGCGGCACUUGUACGCGCAUCUUUGAGUUUUUCAUUGAAAACUAUAAGUUUCAAGUCAGCCGGCCGAAUUACACCACCGAAUUGUUAUUUAUUUAAUAUAUUUAUCAACUUCAUCAAUGAGGAUCAUGAUGGUCAAAUGUUAUUAACUUUGGACACUGUACCAAAGAGACUACAAUGCAAUGGUGAUGUCAAAUACAUAAUGGAUAAUCAGCUUGAUUCAGUAUUAAGAAGUUUGCUAAAUUAUUUUGUCAUAUUCACGUGUGUGAUAUCAUUCAUAUUAUGCAGUCGGGCAAUUUGGAGAGCGCAACAAUUAAGCCGAAUUACUUGCCAAUUCUUCCGCUUAAAUUAUAACAAAGAACUGUGCAAGGAUGAUAGAAUGGAAUUCUGGAAUAUGUGGUACAUUAUGAUUAUAAUUAAUGAUAUCUUCAUUGUAAUUGGAUCAAGCAUCAAGGAGCGAAUUGAGAGCAAAGAUUUUACAAGCGACAAUUGGAACAUAUGCAGUGUAUUUCUUGGCACGGGCAACAUGCUGGUUUGGUUUGGUGUUCUGAGAUAUUUGGGAUUCUUUAGAACAUACAACGUCGUGAUUCUCACGCUGAAGAAAGCUACACCGCAGAUAUUUAGAUUUUUACUUUGCGCUCUUUUGAUUUAUGGCGGUUUUACAUUCUGUGGUUGGUUGAUUCUUGGUCCAUAUCAUUUGAAAUUCCGUUCAUUAUCAACGACUAGCGAGUGUUUGUUUUCUUUGGUAAACGGGGAUGAUAUGUUUGCGACGUUUUCCAUUAUGUCUAACAAGUCCACCAUGUUGUGGUGGUUUAGCAGAAUUUAUCUCUAUUCUUUUAUAAGUUUAUACAUUUAUGUAAUAUUGAAUUUAUUCAUCACUGUCAUUAAUGACGCGUAUGAGACGAUUAAGUUGUAUUACGAGGAAGGUUUUCCAAAGAGCGAUCUGCAUGAGUUUGUUGGCGCUACGAAAAUCGAGGAUUUUUCUAGUGGGUUAUUCAGGAUGAAUUCUGAUAGUAGUUUGGGGGGACUCAUGAAAGACUUGUGUUGUUGCAAGCAAUUGCAGAAGUCGUAUGCUUCCUUGCUAGAAUCGAGAAAUAAUUUGAGAAGAGAAGAAACUGACAGUGAUAGUAGUAGUAAUCCAGUGUAAUAAUAAAUAUUUCAGACCAUUGUUAAGACCAUUGAGAAUUAUUAAUUAAGAAAUUGAAAUAUGCCAAUUAAUGUAAAAAUGUAUAUAGAAGUUUGUAUUAAUUGAAGAAAAAAAACAUCUGACAGUAAAUUUUAAUGGUUUAAA